AUGGCUGAAAAUAUCAUCUUUGUAGGAAAACUCAUACAUACCCCUUCUCUUGGAACACUAGAGAUUGAAGACGCAACUGUUGGUGUGCAUCAAAGCAAAAUUGUCUUUCUUGCAAAAUCCGUUACAGAUGAAACCAUUCAUCUCGCAAAGUCUCAUCAUAUGUUAAAGAAUGCCAAGGUACAAAUACUAAAGCCCUCACAAUUCUUUUUUCCGGGAUUUAUUGAUACGCACAUUCAUGCACCACAAUAUCCAAACGCUGGUUUCGGCAUUGAUGUCCCCUUGUUGAAAUGGCUUGAAAAGUAUACUUUUCCACUAGAAUCCUCUUUCCGUAAUUUGGAUAAGGCUUUAGAAAUAUAUUACCGUAUAGUUACUCGAACACUUGCUUAUGGUACUACGUUUGCUAGCUACUUUUCUUCUCUUCACGCUCCUGCCUCAGCUCUACUUGCGGAACUCUGCUUCCUCUUUGGUCAACGGGCAUACAUUGGUAAAUGCAAUAUGAACACCCUUUCUCCUCCUCACUAUUGUGAAAAGUCUUCGGAGUCCUCCAUUGAGGCUACCAAUGUACUUGUAUCAUUUAUGUCUCAACUUGAUCCCGAGCGUAAGAUCGUUUCUCCCAUAGUCACCCCAAGAUUUGCACCUUCUUGUACCAAAGAUUUACUGCAAUCCUGUGGAAAGUUUGCCGCUACUCAUGGUUUGCCUAUCCAGACCCAUGUGUCUGAAAAUCCGGGGGAAAUUGCUCUCGUGCGGGAAAUGUUUCCUGAUCGAAAAUCGUAUACCGAUGUUUAUGACCAUUAUAACUUAUUGACUCCGAAAACCAUUUUAGCACAUGGUGUUUAUCUAGAGGACGAAGAAAUCGAAACGAUCUAUAAACGGCAAAGCGGUAUUUCUCAUUGCCCGACUAGUAAUGCCGUUUUAGCCAGCGGUAUGGCAAAUGUUCGCAAACUUUUAAAUGCCGGGGUCAAAGUUUCUUUGGGAACAGAUGUAUCUGGCGGUUAUACUCCAAAUAUGCUUGUUGCGAUUCGUCAAGCAGCUCUUACAUCACGCUCACUAGCUUCAGUUUUGAAGGAUCCAAGAAUUAUUUUGGAACUUCCUGAACUUUUGUAUCUUGCUACACAAGGCGGUGCUGAAGUCUUGGGCCGUGGUCGUGAAGUCGGUAGUUUUGAAGAAGGAAAGGAUUGGGAUGCUCUUGUCAUAGAUGUUUCUUCUCAAAAUAAUUCACCCAUAGACAUUUACGAACAUGAUAGUUGGGAACACAUCUUGAGUAAAUGGGUGUUCAAUGGUGACGAUCGCAAUAUUGCCCAGGUUUGGGUCAAUGGAAAGCUUAUUGCUGGUACUGAAUGUAAAAUUGAAGACAUAAGUCCUGUGAGCCUGAACCUUGCUUCCCUCUAUAUGGAUACUGCAAUAUCAACUGAAAAAAAAUCUCUUCGUCUUCGGGAAAUACUGGAAUCAUUUACAAAGACGAAAUUAUUACCGGUCACGCAAUGUGUGAACGAUGGAAAAGUACAUGCGAAACCAUGGAAACACACGGAUGAAAAUGAAGAUUAUAGGAAAACUAACUCCGUAGAGAGGAAGCGAUUUUUACGAAGUACUUGA